AUGAGUGCCAGUCAUGAACGUGAUGCCGCAGAGGCAGAAGCUAAACCACGCUUCCUCUUCCGCGCUUCUUCUGACCAGUCUCGUGGCGGCCCAGAAGGCAACACCUUGACCACCGUCGACCCUCUGGCCCAUAGCCAAACUGUGGACUACCACUCCUGUCUGGCAGUCAUUCCACGCAGCGUAGCCAGAUCUAUGCUCCAGCACCACUUCCUCUGGCAUUACGAACACGCCUCGGAAUUCAGCUCCUGGUCUACAUCACUCCUUUGGGUUCUCGUCCACGCGAUCCGGAAGCAAGUCAUUCGCCACGAUACGAACGUCCUGAUCUACGUCCUGGACACGACACGAGUUGAAGACAACCGAAUCCACAGUGCUGUGAAGCUUCUUGAUGUUUUCGAUCUGCGGCAUCCUGAGCAGCUGUCAGAGUACUGCAAAGGCGAGUACCUAGUUCACGGGCUAAUGAGAGCAACGAUAGGUUUCAAGGCAGUCAAGCUGGAGACAGUAACUCAUGCAGGGCUCUAUGAAGUGUUUCCGGACCUGCGUAUCAGCGCUGCAGAUCAUCGGCUGUAUCUCAGGGUGAGAGACCAUUUACGUCCAAUCUACUUCGGCAGGAUCUGGUCGCUCUCGUACGCGGAAAUUCUUGGUCUGAAGAGGCUCGGCCGGUGUUUCGGUAGGAACUGGGAAGCUGUCAUGACUGUUGCGUUCCUGAGCAUGCGCAGACGCCAAGGAGAGUCGAACAGGGUCCAGGCGCUGUUCGCUGAUUUGAAUUAUUUGCCUAUUAGACCAGUACCGGUGUCGAUGCGCGUCACAAGCGGCACAUUGCGUGAGGGUGAACAAGGUGUCUUUGAAGCCCAAGAGUUCGACAAGCUCUUGAGCUCACUAUACGGUGCCGUCGGUAGGAAGAAGGAGAGUACCGAUGCACUCACGCAAAUCAAUGAUCUAGUAAUUGAGGUUGAGUCUUUGGGCAGUAAGUAUCGGGGCAAUUCAUGGACAAAUUCCAGCUAA